AUGGUGGUGCCAUUGGGCUCCACCACUGCCUGGGAUGGCGGCCUGGGCGGCAAGAACCUCAUGCUCGUGGAAGAAGGAGGCGAUGAUCAUCGCUUCGGAGUGCGAGUGGUUUGGAAGGUCGCUGCCGGAGGCGAAUCCAUGCUGAUCUCUGCAUCACCGCUGAAUGGCGAGGACAUGCGCACCUGCACGGGUCAAGAGCCACUGCUCGAGCAAUUCAACCGAUUGUUCCCGGCGGGCACAUCUUUGCGACUCAUGGACUGCGAGGACAGCGUGAAGCCGACAGGCCUCAUGGACAGCCUCUCUACGCCAGACACCACCACCACCAGCACCGUGGCUCUUCCAUGCGAUGCAGCCACGGUGUCGCUCAGCAUCAACGACCAUGGCGAGUGCAAGAAGUUGCCGGAUGGUAGCGAGCGGUGGUUUGCCAGCAUGGAGCCAUCGCCGGACACGCCGGCGGAGGACUUGGAAGCGCUGGGUAUGUCCUUGGCCAUGAGGUCUGCGAAGGUGCAGAAGCACCAGGGCCAAGAGGUGCCAGAGGAUGAGAUCCCACACGUUAUGAUGGACGAGGCCAAGCACUUGAAGCUGUUCUUGGAGUCCAAUGGCUCCUGCGCCCAGCAGCAGAUGGCCAUCAAGAAGCUCUUCCCCAGCGGCAGGCACAUGGUGCUGCACCGCUGCAAAGACUCGGACGGCUUCUUCUUCUGUCGACGGGUCGAGGCGUUCCACCUCUGGAGCUUUCGAUCCAAAUGUAGCGGGCGCUUCGAUCAUAAGGUGGUGCUGGACAUGUGGCCUGCAGAUGAGAAGGGCGUCAAAGCCUGGGCCGGCGCCCCGAGGACUCGAAUCGACCUGAGUUCGGCCAAGGCCUUCAACCAGGAGACCCCGCGCGUGGAGGACGAGGAUCGGCACGAGGCCGCUUCGGGUUCCGGCAUGGAGCUCCGGUCUUUGACGCCUUCAGUGCAGAACCUCCGCAUGGAGAGGCCGGAAGAUUCACCCAUCGAGCCAUCUCCGCGCGGUGCGCAAGCUGCAGAAGUAGAUCAAGAUCAAGUUGCCCAACUUGCCAAAGAGACGGAGAGUCUCCGCGAUGAGCUCGCAUCGGCCAAGGACGGAGGCAGACGAAGGCCCUGGAAGAGGCAGAGGCGCUUCGCAAAGAGCUGA